CCGGAAGAGACGCUACGCUACGCAUGCCCCUUCCUUUCCAGCCUCGGCUCCGGACCCUGCAGUCGCCGCGGGCUCCUUCGGACUGUCUCCUGGCCUGGCCCUCUAGUUUGGGAGAGGAGUGGUAGGAAUUGAAGGUGCAAAGGCCUUAGCCCUUCGGUUUGGGAUCAGCGGCCGGUCAAGAAGCUUUACUCCUCCUGGCCCUCCGUGCCUACCUUGAGGUUCGGCCGCGCAGUUCCUCUCUAGAUGUUGAUGCCCAAGAAGAACCGGAUUGCCAUUUAUGAACUCCUUUUUAAGGAGGGAGUCAUGGUGGCCAAGAAAGAUGUCCAUAUGCCUAAACACCCAGAAUUGGCAGACAAGAACGUGCCCAACCUUCAUGUCAUGAAGGCCAUGCAGUCUCUCAAGUCACGAGGCUACGUGAAGGAACAGUUUGCCUGGAGACAUUUCUACUGGUACCUUACCAACGAGGGCAUCCAGUAUCUCCGUGAUUAUCUCCACUUGCCCCCUGAGAUCGUGCCUGCCACCUUGCGUCGCAGCCGCCCAGAGACGGGCAGACCUCGGCCGAAAGGUCUGGAAGGUGAGCGACCUGCAAGACUCACAAGAGGGGAAGCUGACAGAGACACCUACAGGCGGAGUGCUGUGCCCCCUGGUGCUGACAAGAAAGCUGAGGCUGGGGCUGGGUCAGCAACCGAAUUCCAGUUUAGAGGCGGAUUUGGUCGUGGACGUGGUCAGCCACCUCAGUAAAAUUGGAGUGGGGGGGGUUAUUUUGUGUUGAAUAAACCUGUAGCCAGAAAAC